AUGGCGCAGCAUGGAAAAAUCAUUGUUGGAGUCGACUACGGCACGACGGGCUCUACGUUCUCGUACUUCCUUCCAGACCGCAGAAAUUCGAUGAAUCCAAGAGAAUACCACAACUGGCCUGGUCCAGGUCAUGGGUCUCACGUAGUCUCUGAAAAGGCUCCUAGCAUUCUUGCAUAUCCCGAAGAGAAUCCAUACCUGCGACGAACUCAAUGGGGGCAUGAAGUUACACCCGAAAUGAAGUCUGUCUCUUGGACCAAAUUGAUGGUCGAUAAGAACACGACCCCGCAACAUAUCAAGCACCCCUCGCUAGAUGAAUCCAAUUCGACUGGUGUUAUGCGCAUUCCGAGGCGCAAGACUCCUCAGCAAGUAGUUUCCGACUAUCUGCAGCUGCUAUACAUGUUCAUCUGCUCUACACUUCAGCAAAAACUCGAAGUUGAGACGUUGGACGGUUUCCAUCUGGAGUUCAGAUUUGCGGUUCCAGCUGUGUGGGGAGAGGAUGCAAAAGAUCUUUUUUUCGGUGCCGUUCGGGGUGCCGGUUUUACCUCGCGUAUCGGAGCAAGCCAAGUAGAGCAUUCAUGCCAGAUUCUACGAGAGCCUGAGGUGGUGAUGGCAAAGGUUUUGACAUAUCGUGCUCACUUGCCCACACAAUCCGUCCUUGUUCAGGCUGGAGACGGGGUCGUCGUUUGUGACAUCGGUGGUGGCACGGUUGACAUCACUUCCUACAAUAUCAGCUCAGUUCGACCAAGGAUCAGUUAUGACCAACUAACUGAAUAUACCGGCGGGCUGUGUGGUGCGACAGCGGUGGAUCGAAACUUCCACCAGUACCUACAAGGGAUCUUUGGUGAGUCUUUUCAGUCUAUUCCUUUGGUCGAGAGAACACCAGGUAGCGCGUUUAUGUCUGCAUUUGAAGACGCAAAACAUUCCUUCAGCAGCCAUGUACCUAGACCGCAUCGGCUACCCAUCCGAAUCCCUUUUUCCGCCACGGAUCCACAGGUUUAUGAUCAACACAGGGGCGAGUUGAUAUUGGCACACCACACGCUUCGCAGUUUCUUUCAGCCUGUAGUUCGCGCUAUUUGUCUCCUGCUACAUCAGCAGAUUAUCGCAGCCAAUGCUAAAGCGGGCGAUUUCAAGAUCAAUAGAAUCAUUCUUGCCGGGGGACUUUCGCAAUCGCAGUAUCUGAUCAGCGAGGUCAGAACGGUGUUUGGUCAAACCGGGCGUGUGACCGUGGACGUUAUUCCAGAACCGAUUAUGGCGGUCGCAGAUGGGGGUGCCUGUUGGGGCAUCGGCGCACCUCACCCAGUUGGCUAUCUGUGUCAACGUCAUUAUGGCGUACCAUCAGCAGUGCCGUUCGUGUCGGGACUACACGACGAAGAUGAUGCCCACUACGAUAUCAUAACGGGUCAAAAAAUGGCCCACGGGAUUGAAUGGAAACAAUCCUACGACGAGGGAUACGUCGGGCGACACGAAGUGACUUUUCCUUUCCAUGAGGACGGCACCCUUUUGCAGAACGUCGACAUUUUCUCGUCCGAUUUAAACACACCUCCGUUCCGCACCGCCGUGCAAGGUGCAAAGCAUCUUAGUCAACUUUGCUGCGAUUUGUCACAGGUCAAUCUGAGUCAAUUUCCCCACAGUAUGGUCAAUGGGCGUGUUUCAUACAAUGUCUCCUUGACCAUUGUAUUCCGAGUGAAAAGCAGCAACAGAACGGUUCAAUUCGAGGGAUUUGUAGGAAGUCAAAGCCUUGGCUCUUUGAACUUGCUGGCAAGUUAG